AUGAAAUUUGUCCUUCCUUUCAUGCUGAGCCUGGCAUGGCUCUCCAAUGCCGCGGCCAUUCCAUUGACCGAAAAUGAGCUUGACGCUCGUGAUAGUAAUCUGACCACGCGAGCUGUUACGGGAUACCGCUCCGUGGCUUAUUUUGUGAACUGGGCCAUCUAUGGCCGGAACUUCCAACCUCAGCAACUUCCUGCCGAUAAGCUCACCCAUGUUCUGUAUGCCUUUGCCAAUGUUCGCUCGGAUACCGGAGAGGUCGUUCUGUCGGACACCUACGCUGAUCUGGAGAAACACUACUCUACUGAUUCUUGGAACGACGUUGGCACCAAUGUCUAUGGCUGUGUCAAACAACUCUAUUUGCUGAAAAAGGCGAACAGAAAAUUGAAAGUGCUUCUGUCGAUUGGUGGCUGGACUUACUCCUCCAACUUUGCUGGUCCGCUCGCGACUGAUUCCGGACGGGCCCUUUUUGCUUCUUCAGCAGUGCAACUUGUGAAGGACCUCGGGUUCGAUGGCUUGGAUAUCGAUUGGGAGUACCCCUCGGAUGCAACUCAAGCAGCCAAUAUGGUAUCUUUGCUGAAGUCUGUGCGCUCGGCCUUGGACACUUAUAGUGCAACCUACGCAUCUGGUCAACAUCUCCUAUUGACCGUCGCAUCUCCUGCUGGCCCGUCUAACUACCAAAAUCUCCUUCUCAGCCAGAUGGACCAGUAUCUUGAUUUCUGGAACUUGAUGGCAUACGACUAUUCCGGCAGUUGGGAUACGAUUGCCGGCGAUGAUGCGAACGUAUACGCUUCUACCGCAAAUCCAGCAAGCACUCCAUUCAACACAGACCAGGCUAUUACCUACUACACUUCCAACGGUGUCGCUGCAAACAAGAUUGUCAUGGGAAUGCCACUAUACGGACGCUCAUUUACAAACACGGACGGCCUGGGGCAGAGCUUUAGCGGUGUCGGCAGUGGCAGUUGGGAAAACGGCGUGUGGGAUUACAAGGCGCUGCCCCAGGCGGGCGCGACAGUGUACAAUCUCAAUCAGCCAAUCGCGAGCUACAGCUAUGACUCCUCUGCCCGCACAUUGAUCAGCUACGAUACCCCCGACAUUGCCAAGUUGAAGGCCCAGUACAUCAAAUCCAAGGGCCUGGGUGGCGGGAUGUGGUGGGAGAGUAGUGCUGACAAGACCGGCUCUGACAGCCUAAUCACUACGGUCGUUACCGAAUUCGGUGGUGUAAGUGCUCUGGAUCAGAGCCAGAACCAACUCAGCUAUAGUGGUUCCAAGUAUGCCAAUAUGGUUGCUGGAUUCCCAUCCGGCUAG